AUGUCUUCAUCAACAUCAACCAUCAUGAAAAAGCGUAAGCGACGUCAAUGGACUUUAAAUGAAAAAUUAAAUGCAAUCGCCUGCUUCGAAAAAAACAACAACAAACACCAAACAGCCAAGGACGUUGGAUGUGCUACAAAACAACUUCGCCUGUGGAUCCAGAAUAAAGAUAAAUUAUUAAAAUUGGCAUCUCAAAAGAAAGGUAAAAAACGCAAGCGUCUUGGUGGAGGUGGUAAAAAAUUAACUUACUUGGAACUUGAUUCUCGUUUAUUUGCCUGGUAUCGUCAAAAACGUACUGAUCCUGGAUCGACAACAAUAUCUGCUUCUGAUAUUCGUAAGGAAAGAGUAACAUUUCGUCAACUUCAACGCUGUGGACGACAAUUAAGUGGAGAAUUAAAUCACCCAUGUCCAUCACCAAAAUGGUUUGGUCGUUUUCUGGUUCGUCAUCGACUCUCUCUUCAACGUCCAAAACAACAACAGAAGAUUCCACUCAAUGAUGUUCAUCAAAAAGCAACUUCAUUUUAUACCUUUCUUCGACGAGCAAGUCGAUGGGCUCCAAAACGUGGCCCAAUGGGGGCCUUUACCCCACGUGACGUCUUCAACAUGGACGAAUCUCCACUUGCAUUAACUCUUCCGAAUUAUACGUUCGAUCCAACUAUAGUCGAUUCCCCAUUAUUACAUAUUGAUGAAUCCGACGACAAUCAUGAAGAACAACAGCAAAUAGCAAUUCAAGCAAAACUAGCUGAAGAUCAGAACAAAAAUUUAUCAAAUCAGAAAAAUAAACAAUUAAAAUUAACUCAUUUUUGGAAAAAGUAA